AUGACCACAGCUCCUCACCAAAAAUCGGGUGCCGUUCAAGCGUUACGCGCUUUGGCCAUCAUUGCCGUCAUUCUCUUUCAUCUCAAAAAAUCCUUUGCUCCAAAUGGUUUCCUCGGAGUCGAUAUAUUUUUCGUCAUCUCAGGCUAUUUGAUGACAAUGAUUUUGACAAAAUCGGGGAUUUCGAUCGAUUCCACUUUGACAUUUCUUCAAAGAAGAAUUAAAAGAAUUGUGCCUUUAUAUUUAUUAACAAUAGCCAGUGUUUUGAUAGCUUCAAGGCUAUUUUUGUUGGCGAAAGAUUUGCGAAUUUUGCGAAUCGACGCUUUGUGGUCGUUGGGGCUUGUAUCCAAUAUGCAACCACUUUUUCACGAGUUCGAUUACUUUGAAGAGUUAACCGAAUACAAACUCCUCACACACACAUGGUCACUUGCAGCUGAACUCCAAUAUUAUUUGAUUGUUCCCUUAUUGAUGCUUCUCCUUUUAUCAAUCGGAUUUGCGAAAAGAAUUCUCAUCGCUCUUGUGAUCAUUUCAGCUUCACUAGGACUUCAAAUAUCUUUACCUCCAAACAUCGCCUUUGGUUUUCUCCCUUGCCGCGUUUGGCAAUUUUUCUUUGGAUUAAUUGUUUUUGAGCUCUCUCAGAAGCCAAAGCAAGAAUCGAUAAAUCGAGAAAAUGGAAAAGAGUACAAGAUCCUGGUCGAAGUCGAGUCGGAAGACGAGGAAAAAGCUCAAAGUGAAAGCAUUAAACGUGCUCCGUGUUCCCUUUUCCCCUCAUCACUUUUGUGUGGUUUCUCAUAUUUCUCUGCCAUUCUCACAUGCUAUUUCUCGACGGGUCCUACACCAAUCCUUGACCUAUGGAUACUUCAAUAUAUUGGUGACAUUUCAUAUAUCCUUUAUUUGGUUCAUUGGCCGGUGAUAAUCUUGCUGAAAUAUGUGUCCUUUGAGGAAGUGAUCACUCCGCAAAAUAUUUCCCUUGCUUUAUUGAUCACCGUGACAAUCUCUGUCAUAAUCCAUCACACACUCGAGCAAAAGUUCAUUGUCGGAUCUUUCUUUUAUGCAUUAGCGUGGAUUGCUGCUCUCAUCGCGAUCUCUUCUAUUUUCAUUCUUCUACCCAUUCAAGAAAUAAAAGAAACAAGCAAUUUUCAAAGUUUCCCUUCAAAUCACAGUAAAGAUUGCGUAAAACUUUCAAAAACACUUGAUUUCCCGAAGCUUGAGAACUUCAAAGUGACUCUUGGAGGCUAUGAAAAAGCUGGACAAGACACCGGAAACGGCUCAUUCAACGUGUUAUUACUUGGGAAUUCUUUUAUGCGAUUCGGCUUUCCCCAUUUCUAUAAAGCGUUGAAUAAACGAUACAAAAAGUUGUACUUUCAUGCGAUUACGACAUGUAUGCCAUUUGAGAACAGCGGUGUAGUGGAUAGAAAAGAAGAAUGGUCAAAACGUUGCAAUGGAUCGAGAAUUGAGGAUUUGAAAUUGCUUGAAACGGCAAAACCGAAGAUGAUCUUCAUCUCGAUUGGAUAUUCAGGCGGCUUUGUGAAACAGAAAAUCGAAGCAAACGAUAGUUGGGUGAAAGAAGCCGUAAACUCGUUCAAUAUUUUUGGAAAAUAUGCGGAUUUCAUCGUAAUCGACACUCCAUUUUACGCGAUUUCUAGCGGAAUCGCUGAUGAUCUUCAAAAAAGAAUGAAGAAGAAAAUCCCGCCAAUGCCCAAGGAAAAAUCGCAAUUUCUUUUUAAAAAAUAUUUGGACAAGUACAAGUACGCUUUCAAAAGAAUCGAAAUGAUUCGAAAGAAAUGCACGAAAUGUCAUUUCGUCGAGGUGCAAUCCGAGUUCUGUGAUGAGGCGUUUUGUCAAUCGUUUGAUUAUGAUUGUGGAAGAACUCUGUACACAACGGAUGGCAUUCACAUGACCGAUUUUGCUAAAAAUUUGCUAUAUCAUCGCUUAAAGGCUGAAAUCGAUAUCAUUUACACAAUCACCGAUCAAAAGAAAAAGCGA